AGGACACUCACAGUAGGCGACUUGCAGAUGCUCAGCAGCAGGCAGCUUCCAGGGACCCUCACAGCAGCCGGCUCCUCCAGGGGCCUAGCGAUCAGCAGCAGGGGCCCUCAUGGCGGCCGGCUCCUCCAGGGGCCCAGUGAUCAGAAGGCAGGGGCCCUCACAGCGGUCGGCUUCUCCAGGGGCCUAGCGACCAGCAGGCAGGGGCCCUCACAGCGACCAGCUUCUCCAAGGGCCCAGCGAUCAGAAGGCAGGGAACCUCACAGCGGCCGGCUUCUCCAGGGCCCAGUGACCAGCAGGCAUGGGCUUUCACAGUGGCCAGGAACAGCUGCGGGGGUAGCAUGGCCGCGGGGUCUGACCUUGGAAAAGGGGCUCAUACAGAGC